CAAAACCUUGCCGUGAUAUUGCAGUAUUGAUCUUCGUAUAAAGCUACACUGCCGCGACUGAAGAUCCAAUUUCUCUGUUAUAUAUACAUCUGACGAUUUAAAAAAAAAUGGGUUGUUGUGAUGAUUCUUCCGUUUUGUCCAAAGUGGCUACAGUGGUCAUCCUUGUGUCCUUUGUGUGCUGUACCAUUGCUAUAUUCACUCCCUACUGGUCGGAUCUGGAAUCCAAUGGGACUGUGAACUACACGGGUUUAUUUUACACCUGUACUAAUGAUGUCUCUAACUGCUUUAACCUGGACAAUGUUCUCUCUGUGUAUCAGGGAACAGAUUACUAUGACGAUUUCCUUGCCACCCUGUCACUACAGCUGAUUGGUUGGGUUGGCGUCCUGGUUUCCAUGGUGAUUAUGAUCGUUUUCUCUUGCUGUCUUCCCAACAAAAUCCUUGGAUGGGUGGCUGUUAUAUUCAUGUUGAUCGGAGGUUUGUGCAUCACAGUAAGCUUGAUAAUCUAUGGUGCCUCCUUGAUUGAUCUCUACAACUCUCUUCUGAGCUGGUCCUUUGGUCUGGAUGUUGCUGGUGCAGCACUUGCACUGACUGCCGCCGUCCUUAUGAUUAUCAAUAGUUGUAUUAUACCGUAAUCUACAGCUCCCAACGCAGCAAAGAGCAGAUAACCACGGCAGUUCUCUCUGGAGUUACUUCCCAUUCCGACACCCUCCUGCAACGAUCCAUUUACGUUGAGAUUGCAUCCGACUACUCCGCGAAUGAAGAAAUCCAAAUGACAUUUAGCUUGUGCAGCGAAUAAUCGACACGUUUCUACAUUCAAAAGAGUAUCUUGUACUUAUGUAGACUUGUGCCAUACAUUUCCUAUACAUUGUACAUGCAUUUUGAAAGGCGACUUCAAGAAAGUAAUGCAUCAUUUCCAUAUCACCAUUAUACUCAUUUUGCUCGCAGAUAUUCAGUUUCUUUUAAUAUGGAUAUUUUAAUCUUUAUGUGCAAUACUGUUAUAGGUAUUUUGCAGUAAUAUUUCCUCAAUUUAUUACUUUUUUAGAGAAAUAAAAUGACACAUUC